ACUACUCAAGUGCAAAAUUAGAAGGUUAGUGUUAAUUCUAUAAAUAUUCUGUGUGCAGAUUUGUCUUUGUUGUGCUUAAUGCAUUGUAAUUGACAAAAGAAAAAAAACGCUGCUGUGGUACUUUAAUACAUUUUAGAAUGUCCCUUUUUACUUUAAUAAAGAAAUCAGAAUUUUAAAAAAAAGUAAAGUUCUAGCAGUAGUACUUUUGCCACAAGAGGUCUGCUGUAAAAGAAAAUGCAGAUAAUUCACGUUCCCACCGCACGCUUCUCUAAUCGGAGUGCGCUGGCUAAAGAAUCAAACCAACCUUCCUCCAAUGCAGGUUUGCGGCCAACCAAAUUGCGUCACUGGCAAUGUUAUAAAUGACACACGUGUCGCUAGUUUUGUUUGUCGUUGAUGAUUUAAUACCCUGCUACCUUGGUAAACGCUGGCCUCUUUCUCUCGGUUUUCGUUCAUCUGCUGCAAAUAUGAGUGCCCGAGGCGGAACUCCUUACAUUGGCAGCAAAAUAAGUCUAAUAUCUAAGGCACAGAUUCGUUAUGAAGGUAUCUUAUCGUUCGUGGACACAGAGAAGUCCACUGUUGCUUUGGCCAAAGUCAAAUCAUAUGGGACAGAGGACCGGCACACUGGCAGUCCACGUCCAUCUGAAGAUGAAGUAUAUGAGUACAUAAUAUUUCGAGGAAGUGACAUAAAGGACAUCACUGUGUCUGAGCCAGCCAAACCGCACCAUGGACUCCUUCGAGACCCUGCCAUUCUACAGUCUUCUCUUGGAGGCUGCCCUAGUGGAUAUCACCCACGCCCUUACCAAGACAUGAUGGCCUCCUACAAUCAGAUGGCCGCCAGCUCUCUCCUCGACCAGCAGUACAAUUCAGCACAGGGGUUUCACGGUAUCCCCGCCAGAAGAGCCCCGAAGGUAGAGCAAGCGGUUCAGACGGUGCCAUUGGCGAGCAGUGCUCAGAAAAAAGGGAAAUCCUCAACCCAGCCGCAGCAGGUCACACCGAACAUUCGUCCGUCCCAGCGCGCUGUUUCCCAAGUUCAGAAAGAGAAUGUCCCCACUCAUAGGACCGCAUCCCAGCCCGAUGAAGGCAAUAGACAAGACCAAACUACUGAUGAUAAAAAACAAAAGCGAAAACAAGGAAGUCGCAGGCCCAGGAACUUGAACAGAGGCCAGUUGCUUGUGAAGAACUCAAAGGCUAAAACUCUAAAGUUUGAGUCGGAUUUUGAUUUUGAAUCAGCAAAUGCUCAGUUUAAAGAUGAUCUCACAAAGGAGCUUGUAGUUAAGGUGAUGUCAGCAGAGGACUCCGUGAAGCCGCAUCCACAAGAGAAGGAAACGGCUGGUGAGAAGUACUAUGACAAGAGUAAGGGCUUCUUUGACAACAUCUCAUCAGAGGUGAAGCCCAGGAGGACCACAUGGGCAGAAGAGAAAAAGUUGAAUCUGGAAACCUUUGGCGCGCAGGGGCGCUUCCUGAGAGGCCGAGGAUUCCGGGGCCGCAAGGGGCAGGGCCAAGCUGAACAGCGACCCCUCCCAAAGAUUGACGGCGGGAGAGUGUGAAAGUGUUAUUUUCUAUGAAUAGAUGUUGUAGUUUUCUACUUAUUUAAGAUUUGCCUCCACUCUUUUUCAAUUUGAAUCACGUAACGUACGGCUAUUUUUGUUUACUCUGCAUUUACGACAAAACUGUACAUUUUCUAAAAUGGGAGAGCAAUUUAUUUUAUUCCAGCAGCUGUAUACCAAGCAAGUGUUAAUUUGUAGUUUAGCAUGCAUUUCAAGACUUGUCCUUGAACAGAGUAUCGGGCAUGCAAUUUGAUUUUGUUGCUGUAGAGAUUGGACAGUCAACUGUACUUUGUUUUCUUCUACUUGUAAUGUUUGUGAAACAGUGACGAAGUGUAGCAGUUGCUAUUAAAUUUGGACUAAAACUGUGUUUUCAAAUGUCAAUCUGUGCAACCCUUUUACUUCAGCCUUGAACAGAAUUUUCACUAGGUCAAUUUCAGACUUGAGGUGGAUUGCUAAGAGAUGCUGACUGGUUGGUUUCUCAGUCACGUUUUGCUCCAUUUAUCAAAUGCAAAAUCGUAAUUCGAUUGAUAGCUACCCUUGCACUUUUCAGUUCUGUUGCGUUAAUGCUGGACAAAACAAAUUUGUCAAAACACGAGAAGUAUGGGUCACAUUUUA